AUGACGGCAGCUCACGUUUCCCAUCUGCAGCAGGAUUUGUCGAGGUCGAUCACCGCCAGUGAUCCUGUCUCCCAGCUUGCCUGCGAUUCUACCGAACCUUUCCCGUUAUCCCUCUCUAACAUCUUCCGCACGAGAUCGGGCCAUCGCCGAUCGCUAAGUUCCAAUAGUACAAACACCGGUGCGAAUCUCGAAACAGAACAAUUUCCUAAGCAGAAUCGCCGAGGAUCGUUACUCAAAAAGCUGGCGGGUCCACGGGAAAACGCAAAGCGCUUCCUCCGCUUGGGGGCCUCGGUCAACUCUUCUAGUUCUGCUUCUUCGUCGCAUCCUCCUCCCGCUCGAUCGAUGCCUCGAUCAUCUCGUCCCCGACCCAUGUCUGAGAUCAUCUUAUCUCCAAGGGAUGCGCAGAUGCUGUCUGCCCCCGAUCUAGAGGGGUCCCGAAGGGGGAGAAUGCGCUCGGGAUCUUCUGCGACGACUUCCGCCGUCCAACCGCCGCAAACAGUUCCCGAGCAGCCGAGUAAUGUGCCCGCUCCGGAACCCAUGGAACCUUCGUUUCCCUCUCUUCGCAAUGAGAAAAUUGUCGCAACUGGAAGCGGCAUCACUGUUGGGAUUGCUCUCACCGAGCCGGUGCUCUUUCUCGCGGGAUAUGAUCACAAUGAUCCAACCACCAAGAAGUCCGCCAUCCUGCGCGGGCAAUUGCACUUGAAGGUCACCAAAAGUGUCAAAAUCAAGAAAAUAUCAGUCUGUUUCCGUGGUCAAGCCCAGACUGACUGGCCCGAUGGAAUUCCCCCGAAGAAGAUCCACUUUCAUGAUAAGAAAGAUUUGGUAACCCAUGGAGUUGUCUAUUUUAAUCACGGCGAUACGGCACUCAUGCAAAAUGAUUUUGGGGCCCAUUAUUACCAGCAUGCCAAACCAGUGGGAUCGGUGCCUGGGAAGGAUGGAGUGACCGCGACCACUCGUGAACUGUUUUCGAAUCGCGGAUCAUCAACUUCGCUGAAUAACAACCAGACCACCGCUAGAGACCUCAAACGCUUGUCCCUCCAAUCAAACCACUCGCACUCGCGCAGUCUCGGAAAGAAUGAGCCUGCACCACCUCAUCCUCAACGCAACUACCGAUUAUUCCCCGUUGGCGAUUACUUGUACAGCUUUGAAUUUCCCAUCGACGGGUCGCUUCCAGAGACAAUUAGGACGGACCUAGGCUUUGUUCGGUAUGAUCUGGAGGCCAUUGUGGAACGAGCGGGAGCAUUUAGGCCCAACUUGCUUGGUAACCUGGAGGUGCCCGUGAUCCGUACACCAGCAGAGGGCUCUUUGGAACAGGUUGAACCGAUUGCGAUCUCUCGUAACUGGGAAGACCAGCUUCACUACGACAUUGUCAUCUCAGGGAAAUCAUUUCCACUAGGCACACAGGUCCCGAUUGCCUUCAAGCUGACACCUUUGGCAAAGGUUGAAUGUCAUCGAAUCAAAGUAUACGUGACGGAAAAUAUCCAGCAUUGGACAGCCGACAAGAGUGUUCAUCGCUUCCAACCGGCAAAGAAAGUACUACUCUUCGAAAAACGAGCGGAUUCCGGCAGUGUCAGUACGUAUCCUGGUAGCUCGAUGCGGGUGACUGCAGGCGGUGGUGUUGAUUGGGACCACCGUGCGGCUGCGGCAAGAGGUGAUGAGGUUGUCGAUCGGAAUAGAACGAACUUGCUGGGAAAUCUGGCUAGCGACGCUGGUGUUGGACCAACGGAAAUGGAAUUCAGCGUACAGCUUCCUAGCUGCCAUGAAAUGAGGAACCGAGACGAAGCGCAACGGUUACACUUUGACACAACUUAUGAAAACAUCCAGAUUAACCACUGGAUUAAGAUCGUGCUGCGCCUAUCGAAGGUCGAUGAGCGGGAUCCGGGCAAGCGGAGACAUUUUGAAAUCUCCAUCGACUCCCCGUUCCAUAUCCUUUCCUGCAAAGCCACGCAGGCUAACAUCUACCUCCCGGCGUACACAUCACCGAACUCGGAUCCAGUUCCCCCAGCACAGGAAUAUGAAUGUGGAUGCCCUGGGGCUCCCUUGGUCAGCAGGAACAGCUCGUCCAAUUUCUUGCCUCUCCCUGAUCGAGACGAAUUGAACCCGAGCCCAACCGGACGAGCCAUCUCACGAAGCUUCACCAACGGUUCCGGAGGUCUUGCCCGUCCACCUCAAGCGCAUUUGGCACAGGAAGUGGGCGAGCGAGUUCCACGCCCCAUGCACUUGGUUCGAGCCCCUUCGUUUGCUCCCCCCGCAUUCGAGGAUGUGCCCCCACCCCCACCUCUAGUGACUCCCCCUCCCGAAUAUGAUUCCAUCGUGGGUAAUGAUCAGGAUGGUGUGCUGGAGGACUAUUUCUCGCGGCUGUCAGCCCACGAAGACCACAUGGACGACGAGAGAGGUCGAGGACGAGUUGACUUGCCUCUUACUCCCGGAGGAAGAGUGAACCGCAGCAUGGAUGUUCCGCGUGAUUGGGUACGAUUGGAACAAUCCAACAUUCCUCUAAGGGCACUGGAUAAUAUGUGA